AUGAGCGGCUCCGAGGAUGAGACAAGGUCCCAGUGUCUCUCGGUGACAACCAGGUAUUGGAGGAACAGCCGCGGGCCGCAGCUGCGGAGAGGAAGGAGGCCUGUGGCUGGGGUGUAGAGCCUCUGAAUUUUCUCCUUGCAGGAGUUGGGUGCCCGGAGCGCAGGCGGGCAGCCCCGCAGGCCAUCAGCAUGCAGGAGCCGCGCGCGCCCGUCCUUGAAGGGUUGCCCGCUGACCUUGCUCCGCUUUCUCCGGAGAAAUCUCCCGAGCGCGAGGACGUGGCCACCGCGGUGACUCAGUACCCUGAGCGCCGCAAGCAAACGAUCCCUUCCAGCAUGCCCAGCUUCGCAGCCGCGCCUUCCCCUUCCUGCCCCCUUUUUUAAUUCCACGAUUCAAACCUGGCGUUUUCCGCUCCACCCCUCCCCCUCUCCACCGCCCGCCCGUCAUUCGCCAGCCUGGUGUUUGGUCCCCCCACCUCCCAUCUACAGAACUGAAGGCCAACCUUCGCGCUGCCUCGCUGCGGGCCUUGGGAUCGGACGUGGCCGGCCCGGACAGGGCACGGCGCGAGGCGACCGCGAUCCGGAGCCCGACCGGAGGGGGCGGUGCGCCGCGCUCUCGGGUGCACCAGCGGACGGCAUCCGGGCCCCGCUCCUCAUUGGUCGUCACCUCGGCGGGGAGGGGCCGCCCCGAGCCCGGGGCACCUGGAGUCGCCUCUCCGCAGGGAAAUCGGCGGCUGCCGGGCACGGGCGCCCAGAGGUAGAGGCGUCCGGAGAGAAGGCCCCGGGCCGCGGCCGAGCUCCCCGCGACCAGCUCUGCCUUGCCCGCCGCCCCGGCGCCGGCCACGCUCGGAUGCCCCCUGCGCCCUCCCCGCCAGGCGGAAACUUUGCCCCGCCAAGUCCCCCGCCCGGCUAACAGCGCCGAGAGGCACCUGGUCUAUCGCGCGCCCCGCCGGGGCCCCGAAACCCCGUGCGUGAUUGCGGGGGCCCCCCGGCGUCCGGCGCCCGCCGCGCCCCGCCGUGCGCGAGCGGCCGCCAGAAUGCGCUACGCGGACCCCUCGGCGAACCGGGAUUUGUUGGGGAACCGAACUUUGCUCUUCAUCUUCAUCUGCGCCUUCGCCUUGGUGACCUUGCUGCAACAGAUCUUGUACGGCAGAAACUACAUCAAGAGAGGCCUCCAGUUUGGCUGGCAGAGUGGCGACCCGCUGGCCAAUUGGACGGGGCUCUUUAAUGUCACGGACAACCCAGCAGUGCAGAGCGGCAGUGACUCCAGCUCCAGGUACUUUGAGUUUUACGAGGGCCCGUUUGAAUAUAACUCCACAAGAUGCCUGGAGCUGAGGCACGAAAUCUUGGAAGUGAAGGUGCUGUCCAUGGUGAAGCAGUCGGAGCUGUUCGACAGAUGGAAGAGCCUGCAGAUGUGCAGAUGGGCGAUGAAUAUCUCGGAAGCCAACCAGUUCAAGUCCACUCUGUCCAGGUGCUGCAAUGCUCCCUCCUUCCUCUUCACCACCCAGAAGAACACUCCCCUGGGGACAAAGCUCAAGUACGAAGUGGACACCAGUGGCAUCUACCACAUCAACCAGGAGAUCUUCCGCAUGUUUCCCAAGGACAUGCCCUACUACCGGUCUCAGUUUAAGAAGUGUGCAGUGGUGGGCAAUGGGGGGAUCCUGAAGAACAGCCGCUGUGGGAGGGAGAUCAACAGUGCCGACUUCGUCUUCCGGUGCAACCUGCCCCCCAUCUCGGAGAAGUAUACCAUGGAUGUGGGCGUGAAGACGGACGUGGUCACUGUGAACCCCAGCAUCAUCACAGAGAGGUUCCACAAGCUGGAGAAGUGGCGGCGGCCCUUCUACCGGGUGCUGCAGGUGUACGAGAACGCGUCCGUGCUGCUGCCUGCCUUCUACAACACGCGCAACACUGACGUGUCCAUCCGUGUCAAGUACGUGCUGGACGACUUCGAGUCGCCGCAGGCCGUGUACUACUUCCACCCGCAGUACCUGGUCAACGUGUCGCGCUAUUGGCUCAGCCUGGGGGUGCGCGCCAAGCGCAUCAGCACCGGCCUCAUCCUGGCCACCGCCGCCCUCGAGCUCUGCGAGGAGGUGCACCUGUUCGGCUUCUGGGCCUUCCCCAUGAACCCCUCGGGCCUCUACAUCACCCACCACUACUAUGACAACGUCAAGCCCCGCCCCGGCUUCCACGCCAUGCCCUCCGAGAUCUUCAACUUCCUGCACCUGCACAGCCGAGGCAUCUUGCGCGUGCACACGGGCACCUGCUCCUGCUGCUGAGGGCAGCGCGGGUUGGCCGGCCGGCCACCCGGCGAGCAGAAGCACGCACCUCCUUUCCCUUCUGCGCCGGGUGCUACUGGGGGCGCCUGGCAGUCAGGCAGUCACUACCUCCGGCGUUUGACUUCCUGCAUGGGUGGUGUGGACCCGGAGGCAGGGCUGGGGGUUCCCCCCAUGGAGCAGAGCUGGCUGCGUGCUAAGCUCCUUGGCCUCCGCGGGGGUGGGGUGGG